CCCUGUCUUUGGUCAAUAUACGUCGUUGAGACCCGGAGUGGCACCGUAGCGUUAUAGGUACAAGGAAGGCAGAUACGCGCUGCGUAAAUACCCAAAUUUGGAGUCUUUUAUACGUGUGAUGGCUUCCCUACCACGCGUAUCUGCGCUCAUGAGAGCAAGCGCACCGCUCGUCAGGCAAGUGCGCAUGUCCUCCUCGGGUGGUGAGCCAGGCUCUGGUGCUGGCCAGGGUGGUGGCACUGGUGGCUCCAUUCGGGAUGCUGGUGGUGCUUUUGGCAAGAUGGAGUUUGCUCACGAGGAGCAGUAUUUCCGGAAAAUGCAAGAGGAGCAGCUGCGCAAACUGAAAAAGCACCUGCACGAGGAGGUGUCUCACCACGAGGCGGAGAUCGCACGCCACCAGGAGGCCAUCGACCGGCACCGGAACCGGAUCAGCAGCCUGGAGAAGCAGAAGGAGCAGAAGUGAUCGGCCGGGGCCCGGUCUGGCCGCGGCCCUGCCGCGUAGUGGGUCCCCGAGCAGGGUGUGUAACGAGUCGGGAAUAUCGCAGCAUAUGUGUUAAUAAAGGUACGUAAUUUUA